ACCUUCUGUACCCAACAACAGAUGGCAAGUACGUCCGGGAUGGAGGUGGCCGGUGGCGAGCGCAGGGGCCGGCUGAUGAUUGCCCAGAUGGUGCUGGAGAACUUCAAGUCGUACGGCGGAGAGCGGACGAUCGGACCCUUUCACAAGCGGUUUUCCUCGGUGGUGGGCCCGAACGGGUCGGGCAAGUCCAACGUCAUCGAUGCCAUGCAGUUUGUGAUGGGCAAGCGUGCGAGCCGGAUGCGGCUGAAGAAGGUCUCGGAGCUCAUCCACAAGUCGGAGAACUACCCGGCGUGCGAGUACGCCAAGGUCUCGGUCUACUUUCAGGACAUUGUCGACACCGGGCCGGGCGAUGAGGACUACACCGUGGUGGACGGCUCACAGGUUGUCGUUACCCGAGUGGCGUAUGCCACCAACGGCUCAAAGUACUUUCUCAACGACAAGUCGUCGUCAUACUCGGAGGUCACUGCGCUCCUUCGCGAGCGCGGCAUCGAUCUCGACCACAACCGGUCCAUGGUGCUGCAGGGCGAGAUCGAGCAGAUUGCCAUGAUGAAGCCCAAGGGCACCGGCGACAACGAUUCGGGCCUCCUCGAGUUCCUCGAGGACAUCAUCGGCUCGAACACGUUUGUGGAGGACAUCAACGCUGCCGGCAAGGCGACGGAGGAGCUCAACGAGGAGCGGACCUCGCACCUCCACCGCGUCAAAGUUGUCGAGAAGGAGCGCCUCGCUCUCGAGUCAUCCAAGCUCGAGGCCGAGGCGUACAUGGCCAAAGAGCUCGAGCUCUGCACCCAUCGGUUCCAUCUCUACCAGCUCAACCGGGCCCAGACCGCGGUUCAGGCCGAGGCGCUCCGCGAAAAGGCCACCGUGGUCGACGGCGAGUACGCCACGCUGCAAAAGGCGCUGAGCAGCACGACGACGGCACUUGCCGCUACCGAGGCCCAGUUCUCGCGCAUCCAGACCGAGCACAAGGACGUCGAGUCUGCGCUUGACGCGGCCAAGCGCGAGUUUGAGGCCUACGAGCGCAAGGACGUCAAGUUCCGCGAGGACGUCAAGCACUGCAAGACCAAGAUCAAGAAGAACGCCAAGGCCGGCGUCACUGCUGCUGCCAAGGUCGAGCAGUGCAAGGCAAACCUGGCCCGUGCCGAGACCGAUGCCGCCGAUGCUGCGGCCGCCCUCGAGACUCACACCGCGGCCGCCGCCAAGCACAGCGAGGCGCUCGAGGAGCUCAACGCUCAGCUCGCCUCGGUCACGGCCGAGUUCCAGGCCGAGAUCGAAGAAGCGCAGAAGGCGGCCAUGCCGCAUGUCGAGGCCUCGGCCCAGCACAAGGCUGCUCUCGACCUCGCAGCCUCGCAGGCUGCGCUCAUCAACGACCGUGUUGCCAAGGCUGCCGCCGCCCUCGCCAAGGCCACUGCUGAGCUCGAGAGCUACGCCUCGACCGCCGACGCCAAGGCCGAAAAGCUUGCUGCGCUCCAGGCCAAGCUUGCCGAGGCGUCUGCUGAGGCGACGCAGAUUGCCAACGACCUCGCCCAGGCCGGAGCCAUGGAGGCCGAGCUGGCGAAGGACGUCGCCGCCCUCCGCUCGACGCUCGAGGAGUCGCGGUCUUCGCUUCAGGCCGCCAACUCACGCUCGGCCGUGCUCGACGAGCUCCUUGCGCUCAAGGCCGCCGGCAAGCUUCCGGGCGUGCUCGGCCGGCUUGGGGACCUCGGCGUCAUUGACGAGGCCUACGACGUCGCCGUCUCGACCGCCGCGCCGGCGCUCAACAACAUUGUUGUUGACACGCCCGAAACCGGAGCCAAGGCCGUCGCCUACCUCCGCAAGCACAACCUCGGCCGCGCCACCUUUAUCAUCCUCUCCGAGCUCGGCUACCUGGCCAAGUACAUGGCGUCAGCGGCGGCGUCGUUUCCGGCACCGCGCCUCUUUGACCUCAUCACGCCGUCGAGUCCCGAGGUGGCGCCGGCUUUCUUCUACGCCACCAAGAACACCCUGGUUGCUGACUCGCUCGACGCCGCCACAUCUGUCGCCUUUGCCGGCGAUCGUCGCUUCCGGGUUGUCACCCUCGACGGCCAGCUCAUUGACACCUCGGGUACCAUGUCCGGCGGUGGCUCGCGUGCGUCUUCGGGCGCCAUGCUCACCUCGGCGACGGCGUCGUCGGCGUCAGCCGCUGCCGCUGCUGCUGCUGCUGCUUCGGUCGUCUCCGCCGCCGACGUUGCCGCUGCCGAGGCCGAGCUCAAGACCAAGUCCUCACAGCUCGCCGCCCUCCGCGCCGAGAUGGAGUCGCUCAAGCGUCGCUCGUACAAGGUCGCCACCAAGGUCUCCACCCUCGAGACCUCCAUCUCCAAGCUCGAGAUGGAUCUCGCCGCGUCGACUGCUGCCGAGCCGGUCCUCAAGGCUCAAAUCGAAGCCCACACCGCCGCCGCAGCGCUCACACCCGAAGAGAAGACCCAACUCGCAGCGCUGGAGGCGACCAUGGCGACCGAGCAGGCCGCUCUCGACGAGACCAAGCUCGUCCUUGACGCUUUCGAUGCCGAGAUCAAGAUCCUGCAGGAGAAAAUUCUCGAGGCUGGUGGCAUGGAGCUGCGUAAGGCGCAGUCGGCCCGUGACUCGGCCCAGCAGCAGGCAGACCUCGCCGCGUCGGCAGCGACCAAGGCCAAGGUCGCCAUCAAGUCGGCAACCAAGGCACUGGCCAAGGCUGAGGCCGCCCUCGCCGGCCUCGAGACCGAGUCGGCUGACCUCGCCGCCUCGCUCGCCACCAUGGAGGCUGAGUUUGCCACGCUCGAGACCGAGGCCGUCGCCGUCCUCGAGUCGUACAAGCAGACCCAGCUGUUGAUGGAGGAGAAGGAGGAGGAGCUGGCAGGCCUCAAGAACGUCUACGACGACCAGAAAAAGACGUACAACGCAUUGCAGGCUCAGGAAGUCGACAUCACCGACCGCCGCGACGAACUCGCCCGUACCAUCGCAGACUACGACCGCCGCAUCGCCGACUGGUCCACAAAGAUGGAGGCAGUCCAGGCCCAGUACGCCUCAUCGCUCGGCCUCAUCUCCUCGCCGACUCAACUCGCCGAGCUCCAGAACAAGACCGGCGCCGGCAUGGACCUUGCGUCGGACGACGAUGAGAGCGACAACGAGGCGGAAGCGAACAAUGACGACGCCGGCGAUGAGAGUGGCGACGACGCCUCUGGCGCCGCACCUGCCUCUGGCGUCCUCCGCGAGCUCUCAGCCAAGAAGCUGGCCAAGGUUGACAAGGCCGAGCUCGAGGCCGAAAUUGGACUCCUUGAGGAAGCCAUCAAGGAGAUGUCACCCAACCUCCGCGCCAUCCAGAUGUACCGUGAGAAAGAAGAGGAGUACUUGACCAAGGUGACCGCGCUCGACGAGAUCACCGAGAAGCGCGACGCCGCCCGCGACGUCUUCGACUCGCUUCGCAAGCAGCGGCUCGACAAGUUCAUGGCUGGCUUCUCCACUAUCACCCUCAAGCUCAAGGAGAUGUACCAGAUGAUUACCAUGGGCGGCGACGCCGAGCUCGAGCUAGUCGACUCGUUGGACCCGUUCUCCGAGGGCAUCGUCUUCUCGGUCCGUCCGCCCAAGAAGAGCUGGAAGAACAUCUCCAACCUCUCUGGCGGAGAGAAGACUCUCUCCUCGCUCGCCCUUGUCUUUGCCCUCCACCACUACAAGCCGACGCCACUGUACGUCAUGGACGAGAUCGACGCCGCCCUCGACUUCCGCAACGUCUCCAUUGUCGCCAACUACAUCAAGGACCGGACCAAGGACGCCCAGUUUAUCGUCAUCUCGCUCCGCAACAACAUGUUUGAACUCGCCGACCGCCUCGUUGGCGUCUACAAGACCAACAACGUGACCAAGAGCGUGACUCUCAACCCGCGCGCCGUCGCGCUAGGCCUCGGCGAGCGCAAGUGAGAAACCCGCACUGCUGCGUUAAACCUGUAAUCUGUCCCACA